UAUUCCCAGGUAUACAGAGAAAACUUUUACUGAUUUCUGGUGACAUUGAAUCAAACCCUGGUCCAGUUUCUGAUGACAGUGAGACGAGAAUACUAGAAGCCAUUAGUGCACUUGAUCAUCGUUUAAUGAGAGAGCUGCAUGAUGUUAAGUCAGAAAUGUUGUCAAUUAAAUCUGAGGUAGCUUUAACAAAAAGUGAAUGUAUCGAAAAUAAAAAAGAAUUAUCUAAACUUAAACGGUAUCACAGUGAGUAUGAAAAAGAAGUGUCGAAAUUAAAAGGUGAAGUCGAUUUUUUGAGAGAAACCAGAGAAAAUCUACAGUUAGAUGUUGAAUACCUUAGUGAUAAAAUUGAUAGGAAAAUGGAAGAGUUUGAUGAAAUUGGUAAUGACAUUGAUUAUCUUGAACACGAAGCAAAGAAGAGCAAUUUAAGAAUUUUUGGUUUAAGCGAAACCAACAGUGAAUCUAUCGGUAGUCUGAAAUCAAAAGUUAUUAAAGAAGUGCUUAAUGUUGCAAGUCCUGAUGAAUCGUGGAUACCUGAUGAUUUGAAAUUUGUUUCAAGAAAGGGUAAUAAAGCGGAAGGUAUUUGUCGCAUGGUGCUAGUCACUUUUAGGUUUGAUGAUGAUAAGUUUAAAAUUUUCAAAGGAAGAGAUAUACUACGGAACAAUGGGAUCAGAAUUAGUGAUGAUUUAACGAGAAGGCAAAGGCAAAAACUGAAUAAACUUAAAAGUGAGGGGAAAAUGGGUUAUUUUUAUAAAGGUCAAUUGAAAUUGUUUGAAAAAAGUGGCAAAAAUACUAAAUCGAGUCAAUCUGAAAAUGAAAAUGAUCGUAUCUUUAGAGUUGGGAAAAGAAGGGACGUAACUGAAACCAGAGUCGAUAUUGGGAACCUAUCUAUGCGAAACAUUCAAACUAAUAUGACUACUGAGAACAACGAGUUGACUGAUACAGAGAGUUUAAAUGAAGUUUCUUAUAUAUAG